AGGAGGAGGCCGAGGACUUGGGGAGCCGCCGGCCGACGGAGAUGGGAGCGCGGAGUCACAGCCCGAGCUUGUACCAGAGCCCGGGCCCGGGGGCUGGAUCUAGGAGCUGAGCCGGGAGGUGCCGGCGCCCCGGGGGUGGAAGGGGGGGGGGCGGAGAGGAUCCCCCCCAUCUCUCUCCCCUCUUCUCUUUUCCCGCACCCCCCCCCCUCCCGGGAGCCGUUCCCCCUCCUCCUCCCCCGCCGCCCAGCAGCUGCCCCAGGGCCGGGCGGAGACCACAAGGUGCCUUUGCUCGGCUGCGACCAGCUGGUGCGGCGUUCCUGCUAGGGGCGCUCCGGCCGGGGGGGGGGGGGUGUCUACCAGCCCUGCACCCCCUCCCCCACCAAAGGAUGCCGGGUUGAGGACAGGUGCGCGGAGCCCCAGGCGGAGGAGCCAGCGCGCGGCUCGCUGCGAGCACAGCCGCCCACCCUUGCCCCCCAACUCCGGGACACCAUGCGUCCUCCCGGCUCUCUGCUGCUGCUGCUGCUGCUGCUGGAGACAGGGGAGGCAUUGUUCCCCGAGGAGCCGAGACCUAUCAGCGUAGCCCCCCAACACUACCUGAAGCAGUACCCUGUGUUCGUGGGUAGCGGCGCAGACCGGACCGAGGGCGGCGCGGAGCCGCUGAACAUCCAGCGCAUGUUGCGCGUCAACCGGACCCUCUUCAUCGGAGACAGGGACCAUCUGUACAGGCUGGAGCUGGAGCCGCCCCCAAUCCGGGAGCUGCAUUAUCACCGCAAGCUGACCUGGCGCUCGAACCAGAACGACAUCAACAUCUGCCGAAUGAAAGGGAAGCAGGAGGCCGAAUGCCGGAAUUUCGUGAAGGUGCUCUUGGUGCGCAACGCCAGCACCCUGUUCGUCUGCGGCUCUAACGCCUUCAACCCCAUCUGUGCCAACUACAGCCUGGACACCCUGGAGCCCAUGGGAGACAAUAUCAGUGGAAUGGCCCGCUGCCCCUAUGACCCCAGGCAUGCCAACGUGGCCCUCUUCUCUGAUGGGAUGCUGUUCACAGCUACAGUGACUGACUUCCUAGCCAUCGACGCAGUGAUCUACCGGAGUCUGGGCAACAGCCCUACCCUGCGCACUGUCAAACACGAUUCCAAGUGGUUCAAAGAGCCGUACUUUGUCCACGCGGUCGAGUGGAAGGGGCACGUGUAUUUCUUCUUCCGGGAGAUCGCAAUGGAGUUCAACUACCUAGAGAAGGUGGUGGUAUCCCGGGUGGCCAGGGUGUGCAGCAACGAUGCGGGGGGUUCCCCACGGGUGCUGGAGAAGCAGUGGACGUCCUUCCUGAAGGCCCGGCUCAACUGCUCUGUCCCGGGGGACUCCCACUUCUACUUCAACGUCAUCCAGGCCGUGACAAAUGUGGUCACCCUGGGCGGGCGGUCCGUGGUCCUGGCCGUCUUCUCAACCCCAGACAACAGCAUCCCCGGCUCGGCGGUCUGCGCCUUUGAUAUGGCUCAGAUGGCGGCGGUUUUCGACGGCCGAUUCCGAGAGCAGAAGUCGCCCGAAUCCAUCUGGACCCCGGUGCCAGAGGAGCUGGUGCCCAAGCCCCGGCCCGGCUGCUGUGCCGCCCCCGGGAUGCGCUACAAUUCGUCCAAUGCCUUCCCGGACGAGAUCCUCAACUUCGUCAAGACCCACCCACUCAUGGACGAAGCUGUGCCCUCGCUGGGCACCGUGCCCUGGAUCAUCCGCACCCUGACCUGGUGCGGCGGCGAGAGCGACGCCGGCCGGCGGCUGCUGGGCAUGGAGCUGGACCCCGCGGCAGGUGCCCUGCUGCUGGCCUUCCCGCGCUGCGUGGUCCGGGUGCCUGUGGCCCGCUGCCAGCAGCACACGGGCUGCAUGAAGAGCUGUAUCGGCAGUCGGGACCCUUACUGCGGCUGGACACCAGAUGGCGCCUGCGUCUUCCUCGACCCCCUUAGCAGAGCCACCUUCCACCAGGACCUCUCUGGAGGCGGCGCGGCCCACCUGGGAGACUGCGAUGGGCUGGUGAAGGAGAGCUUCGUGGAGGAGCCCGACGGGCUGGUGUCGGUGAACCUGCUGGUGGUGUCGUCGGUGGCCGCCUUCGUCAUCGGGGCCGUGGUGUCGGGCUUCAGCGUGUGCUGGUUCGUGGCCCAGCGGGACCGGCGGCGGCUGGCGCGGCGCAAGGAGCAGGAGACCGUGAUGCUGCCCCACGGUGAGGCGGCCGUGCUGAGCGUCAGCCGUCUGGGCGAGCGCCAGCGAGGGACUGGGGGCCGCGGGGGCCGGCCACCCCCCCAGACCCUCCUGGCCCCCCUCAUGCCCCACGGCUGGCCCAAGGCCCUGCCGCACGGCGACGGCCACCCCCCGCCCGGCCUGGACUCCGGGGCCCUCCCCACCCCCGAGCAGACCCCCCUGCAGCAGAAGCGCUGCCCCCGGGGCUGGGACCCGGGCCCCGGCGGCCGGCUCCACGCCUCGCUCCGGGACCCUCCCGCCGGCCCCCCCCCACGGGCGGGCGCUGCCCCACGCGGGCCUCAUGGACCCCGAGCCCGGGGUGCCCCCCACCGGGGAGCCGCCCACGGGGGACGGACGCUACCUGCCGGCCGCGGCCGACCUCCCGGUCACCCCCCGCCCCAGCCCCGACCAGCGCCGGGUGGUCUCGGCCCCCACGGACUCCGACGCCCCGCGGCCCUGGAGCCCCGACGUGAGCCUGCCCCGCGCCGGCCCCCUGCGCCGCACCCGCACCUUCAAUAGCGGCGGGAGCCGGGCCGAGUACCCCCACCCGCACGCCCACCACCCACUCACGGACUUCGCCCGCCUCCUCCCCGGCGGCGCCGAGCGGACCGCACCUCCCGUGCAGUAGAGAGUGGGGAGGGGGCGGGGGGGCGGG